GUGUGGGAAGGUUUCAAAUCGUCAUCAAGGAAAACUUCACAAAUUUCGAUGAGAUGGUACGGCGAAAACAGUUGAAACUCAAUGUUGCCGUUUUGAUAGCCAAAUACAAUAACAUGUAUGAGGAACUACGUCAUCUCUCGAGACGAAGGAUUCCGGUCACGUCAAUUCAUGGAAAUAUAAGCAUCGUCAGCACACAGAUAACGGAAACAAUUCAACCUGCAACUAGGCACGACUUUGUUGCACGUAUUUUAGAUCUCAAACCCGGAUUGACAUCGGAUGGCUCUGAAGAAGUUGUCGCAAUUAAUGUGGUGAUGUUCGAUGGCGAGAUCCUACUUAACGGUAGCAUUGUGAAGGAUGUGAUUUCAUGUUUGGAUGAAGCUGUAAACAAUAUCCUUGGAUGUACUUAUUAUUCCGGGGUGUUGUAUUCAGAGUCUGUCCCUGGUUCUGUGUACUCUCCGCUGGUAAUUGGCGCGAGUGGAGGUUCUCUUGGCCUAGUGGUUUUGAUGAUAACAUUGUGGUUUUGCCGUAAACGUCAGCGACGUUUGAAGAAAAUAAAAUCGGAGAAAACGGCAAACAGAAGCGGAGAUGGAGAUAGAGUUGCGAACGCGGGGCAUCGCCAUAACGGUUACAGAUCAGUUUAA